AUGAUAAACGGUGGGCUCAGUGUCGCUAAGAUGCCAGUGGUGAGUCGGAGAGCAUGCUGGACCGCGUGCUGCCAGGUGCUCCUGCUCGCGGCGUCGGCGCUCGUCGUUUUGGCUGAGAGACUCGCGCUGAUCUGGUGUAUCGUGUUCUAUGUGUGGAAUGAGCAGAUGCUGUGGGCGGGGCUGAGUGUUGCCAUGCUGUUGCCGGGGACUGUGGUACAGGUGUUGAGUUACAGGUGGUAUCGCUCAGAUGGAGAGCAGCGACGUUGCCACCUGGCUCUCACGCACGUGUUGCACUUGGGCUUGUUCCACAGGUUUUGGAACUGCAUGGCACUGGUGUGGAGCACACGAGGGUCAUCGGGGGAACAGGUUGCCGUGGUGAUGAUGCGUCAGGCUGAAGUGUGUGCGCUGCGUUUGUUGGAGGGGUUUUUGCUCACACUGCCGCAGACCCUUCUCCAGUCGUACAUCUUCAUCACAACACAUGCACACUUAGACUCACCAGUGGCUCUGUGCUGUGGUGUGUGUGUGUUGUCUCUCUCCUGGGCGCUGGUUCUGUUCAGCCGAGUGUGUGUCCUGAUGCGACCCGGUCACGUGCCCAUUCCACCUGCUGCCCUGCUGUGCCAGCUGCUGUGGAGGGCGGGCAUGCUAAGUGCCCGCGUGGCCAGUUUGGUUUUCUUUGCCCGAGCAUACGGCUACUGGGUGUGUGCAGUCACAGGCCUACACUGGCUGCUGGCUGUUUUCUGGCUGGCCUCACAGCGGGCAGAUGUCUGCGUUGGCCAGUGGUGCUGGAGACUUUCCAACGGCAUUCUGGGAGCAGUGCAUGUGUUUGUGUUUCUGAAUGUGAAGGAAGGGCCUUCUCGAUUCCGCAUGGCAGCCUUCUAUGCAGUGAUGUUGCUGGAGAAUGCUGUGCUGAUGCUUGCCUCCUCUGAUGUCAUUACUGAGGCAUCCUGGGAUAGCCUGACCAUCCCAACAACAGCCCUGUGCAGUUUCCUAAUGGGUUUGACAUGUGUGGUGUUGUAUUAUCGUUUCCUGCACCCUAAGUCAACUGAGAUUUCUCUGGGUGUGUGUCGUGCUGCCCAGUCAGGCAGUGUAUGUUUGGAUCAGGCUGGCUCCUCCUUCUCUUUGGGGGAUAAGAGUCUGCCCUUCCCCUCCCAGACCAGCCAAUCACUGAGCACUAUUCCUGCCUCCCUGCCUCUCCCCUCAUCUGUUGGCAGCCAAUCCCUGCCUGGCAUGCCAGGGUGCACAGACAGACUGGGUGGGGACUGCAGACACCAUCACUGGCUGCUGGUCAGACUGGCACUGAAAACGGGCAACCCUGCCAAAAUUCACCAGGCCUAUGGCUCAGGGGGCAUGGCUCUGAUGCUGAGAGAGGAGAGUGACUCCGCCUUAAAGGAUGUGGCCAUGGGUGAUGUUGACAUCUCAGCGUUGGGCAGUAAAGAGGACACUCUGGCACCGCUGUCCGACUGUAAAGAGGAGUUCGAGAGCGUACGGGAGGAUGAUGAUGAAGAAGACGAGAGCUUGGCGAUGGUGAGCCCGCUGGAGUCACCCGCGUCAGAGUGCAAACGCAGUUCUCCAGAGGGAAAAUCCGUUUUCGGGGACAGUCCGGAACCAACCUUCUGCCCCACCGAGUCCAGUUCCACGACCCUCUACUUCAGUGCUGACCCGCAAUCCCCCGGCAGCACCAGUAACCCACGGUCAGACAGAGACCCAGUGUUCAGCUUUGGUUCUGGUUCAGGUUCUGGUUCUGGACUGGAGACGUUAGCAGAGCUGAGCCCAAUCUCCAGCGAGGGAGGCCCACACAGGGGCUUUCUGAGCCGCGCAGAACCACGGUACACAUCCACACCCAGGCUAGACGGACAAGGGCUUCCGGAGCCUUCCGCGCCGCACCUGAGCGGACCCAGGAGACAGCUGGUACUGUCACGGAGAGGCGUGGAGGAGGACAGAGGGUUUUAG